GCCCAAUCCCCCUUCCCUUCCCCUCCACCACCUCCUCCGUCUCUCUCUGUGCUUCGUUCACUCACUCUCCUCUCCUCCCCUCUCCUCUCCUCCCCUUCGACGCAACCACUCACCGCUCGUCCCCUCCCCCCGCCCCCAGCGUUCACCUUGCCUGGGGAUUCAAAGCAAACUUUGUGCCUGCGCAUUCCGGUCAACAGUCUCGCCUUCUCGCCCUUACUUCCCUUUCACCGCGCACGCUUCAGCGUCUUUCCCUGCGACCUUUCCUCGAACAUGAGCCUUCGCAGGCCCUCUACUUCGCGUGCAUCCGAGCGUCACUAGCCCCGUCGUUGUCCUGGUAUAUCAAAUUCCUCCUUGUCGCCCACCACGCCCGACCAACACCACUCCCCUCGUCAACAUCGGUUAUACCCACAUCUGCUCCACGUCGCACACCAAAAAGGAAAAUAAAAUCCAGCACACCGCGCUUGCUGUACAUUUCUGCACAGGUGCAACCAACCCAACAAAAAGGCUCUUUUGCGGGCGCCUCUGCGCCUUCUGCAGCUUAGGAAAGGUCCUCGCCCGACGCCCUGGCACGCCGUACAUUGUCUGCAUACCAGUCCUGCGCACACUCAUGAACGCGACCAUCAUGUCGAGGCAGCUUCCCACCGCGAACAAGAACGAGCGACUAGGACCCGUCGCGCGUCCCGGCGGCGACGAGCGACCUCCGUCCAUGAGCCUCGCUCAAGGCCUCGGAGGCAGCACGAGGGUUUGGCCUGACAGCUGCGCCAGCAUCUGGCGCAACGGUCUCGGCUCGACCACGAGGGACAGCUCGAGAAAUCGAGAUUCUGCAGCCUUCCUCUCGUCGAAUGCCAACGGCUCCUCCUCGAGCUCCUUCAACCAGACGCUAAACACUGACGUGUGGAACAAACCAAAGUCCGCAUGGGACUCGGUCUCCCGGGACCGCAACUCCGGUGUCUCUCCCGUUCGCCGCAACAGCCGCUUGCUGGAAGGCACCGACGUUCUCGGUGCGAACAACUACACAAAUGGCAGCAGACCCUCGAACGGCCUGUUCAACAAUCAAAGCUUUGCAGCGCAGCGCAACUCGGAAACCACUCUCAACGGAGCGUUGGGCCAUUUCACGAGAGACUCGACCGGCAGCAUCCACCACCAAGGCUCCAUCAGCUCAUGGACCGAGGGAGGCGGCUCCGUGCAUUCGCCUACAGAUGACAGGAGAAGUGCAGCGUCCGACUCCUUCAUGCCGUACAGCAAUUCUUCCUCUCAAAACCCCAGUCAACCGCCGUCGCGGCACGGAAACAAUGACCCCUUCUUCAACGAAUCGCCUUUCAACCGAUUUCAGGCCACCCAUGGCCACACACCGUCUGUCUCCUCCGUCUCCGGUGGCCGUUUCUCUCUCGAACGCCAAAGCUCUGUCUCAAACGAUCCCUUACCGCUUCUGGAGCGCCUCAGCCUCAGUGAAGCGUCUGACCACUUGACGCAGCAUCAGCGCCCGACACUUGAUCCCCAAAGCCCGAACGAAACCGUGGGCUUGGCGAUGAAUGCAACCUACUUGCAGGCGCUCCACAGUAACCAGGCCGGCGCGCGGGGCGCGCAGAACUUUGGAUCGUACACACCUGACAAUGUUCCGACCUUCAACAACCCCUUUUCGCGGCAACCUUAUGACAGAGGCGCGUUCACGCCGGGUGCAAACGAUUUCCGGCCGGCGUCGUACAUGUCGACUCCCUCGCACUCGGACAGCUCGUACAUGCCCCCACAGAACGGCCGCUUGAGCGCGAGCGCGAAUCCUGCGCUUUUGGAGCGUCGUCUUCGUUCCAUUCAACAAGAGCAGACGAACGGCUUCCCCUCUCAUUCUCCGUUGCAAUCUUCGACCUUAAACCCGUAUCGUCAACCUUUUGCUGUGAACGGCUUCACGCCACCGUACAACCUUGGAAAUGCGCUCCCCCUGGGACCCCUCAAUCUGCCUCCGCAUCUGGCGGGGUACGGACCUCCGGCCAUGUUCCCCAUAAUCGAUCCCACCCCGCGCGGUCCUCGCGAGCAUGACGGCAUGACUCUGCAAAGCCAACUUCUCACGGAAUUCAAGGCGACGAGCAGCAAGGGCAACAGGCAGUGGCAGCUCAGAGACAUCCAAGGGCACGUUGUCGAGUUCUGUGGUGAUCAGAUUGGCUCACGGUUCAUUCAGACCAAGCUGGAACAGGCCAACAGCGAUGACAAGCAGCUCGUGUUCGCCGAGAUACUCCCGGACAUCAUCCAGCUCAUGCAAGACGUGUUCGGAAACUACGUGAUUCAGAAGUUCUUCGACCACGGCGAUCAGAUGCAAAAGGCGCAGAUCGCAGCCGCCAUGAAGGGCCACCUGUUCGAACUGUCAACGCAGAUGUAUGCGUGCAGGGUGGUACAGAAAGCCAUUGACCACAUACUCACGGCGCAGCAAGCCGCGCUGAUCAGGGAGUUGGAACCCAACGUGAUUCGAUGUGUCAAGGAUAUGAACGGCAAUCACGUCAUUCAGAAGGCGAUCGAGCGCAUCCCUGUCGAGCACAUCCAAUUCAUCGUGGACGCCUUCACGGGCAAGGUUGACGAGCUGUCACGGCACAGCUACGGCUGUCGCGUCAUCCAGCGCGUGCUCGAGCACUCUUCCGACCCGGUCAAGCACACUAUCCUGACGGAACUGCACAACUCGAAGAACAUUAUAGACGAUCAGUAUGGUAAUUAUGUCACGCAGCACAUGAUUGUGUUUGGCUUUCCGGAGGACCGGGAGAAGGUGAUUGAUCAGAUCAGAGAUCGUAUCAUACCGUACUCGAAGCACAAGUUCGCCAGCAACGUGGUCGAAAAGUGCUUUUCCCACGGCUCCCAGAAGCAAAAGCACGAGCUGCUUAUGGCAAUUGUCAAUUAUAGCGACGACCUGGGCGACGGUCCCACACAGCUUCUGCUGGACGGAUUCGGAAACUACGUCAUUCAAACUAUGCUCGACACCCUGUCUGAUUCCGACUGGAUCAUAUUCUACAAUAUACUCAAACCAGGCCUGCAACGCAGCAAGCGUGUUGGUCCCACCAGCAAGCAGAUCGGAGUGAUUGAGAAGAAAAUGGCGCAGCGCGCACAUCUUGUCAGAAGCGACUCCGUCCAUUCGCCUCCGCGCUCUCAGUCAGCUGCCACCAGUGCUGCUGCAUCGCCUCGUCAAACAAGUCUGCCAAUCAACAAGAGUCUAUCGCCCGCAGCAGACACUCCAGCCAGCUCGUCGUCCGGCGGCACGACGGCAAUAACCCCUCAAUCGAAGGCAGCCCAAUGUAAUGGUCUUGGCUCCUCGCGACGAUCUGCAGGCACCUAGAUCUUCCUCCUGCCUUUGGUGCGUAGUCUUCGUAAUUUGUCGAUUUCUUUUUUCACGGCGCUUUCCAUGGGUACACUACCAUAACGACUCCUAUUAACGACCUUGUUCUCAUUGUGCAGCAUCGGAGCUCUGGCGUUUUCAAAUAGCGCCACAACAAAAAGUAAUAUAUCGAAACGAUAUCUUCCUACACAUGCGACAGUACAACUGUCGCGAAUCGCACUCCGUAUCGGGGAGUGGCUGUUAAGCCUGGUUCUUUUAACUUAAGCAGCAGGAUGUUGUCUAUAAUCUCAACACGCCUGCCGCUAGUUCUUGCUUUCUCGGAACACAUGAAAUGAUAACGUGGUUUUUCUCCCCCUCAUCUUGGAGAUGCUUCUGUCAUGGGCGAAUAUAUAAAGGAUAAAAGAGUUUCGGCAUCAAUUUCGGCGUCAUCAGAAAACGGUCGAGUGCUUUCUCCAGUUUGACACAUCUUCAGCACACUCUGCUAAUCAGUCACGUACGUUGUCUGUUUCCAAGAGGAGAAAGGAGAGCGCGAACGAGCAAAGAUUAUACAUGACAAUGAACGACCUUUUUAUUUUCUUGUGCAUAACUUUUUAACGGCCGGACGAUGGAACGGAGUCCCUUGCUCUGAAAUCAGUCUCUACUGUGCGAUCAAUGUCUAGGACUGUCAAGAAAUUCCUCUUACAUGGGCUGAAUGGAGUAGGCGACUGUCGCACUUGUGCUGAGCAAAAGAUUACGCUCCUGGGCAUGGAUGGACGAUGCAAAGGGCCUUUCUCUUCACGUGUAUGUGGGCAAGGGGUAAUAUCAGUCCAGUAGAUGCACAAAGAAGUUUUCUUUCUUCUAGCGUGGAUGCGUGGCGUUUGCUGUAUGCAAGACAUGAGUAGGACCUAUAUACCCACAACGUAAAGAUUGUCUGAA